AUGGGAUUGCCAGAAAGUGAAGAGGUUGAGGAAGAAGGGGAAACCGCCGGAGUCGGAGAUGAGGAAGCAGCAGGAGAGGAGGCUGAGGAGACCAUCGAGGAUAAGGAGGAGGGACCCAUCGAAGACCAAGUGGAAGAAACCAUCGAACAGCAGGUGGGAGAAACCAUCAAAGAGCAGGUGGAAGAAAACAUCCAAGAGCCCGACAGUGGGGAAACGGCAGGAGUGGGACAUGAGGAAGUCCUAGAGCAGCAGCCUGGGGAGACCAUCCAACAGGGGGACACUGGGGAAAGGGCCGGAGUGGAACAUGAGGAAGUCACAGAACAGCAGGGGGAGGAAACCAUCGAAGAGGGGGACAAUGGGCAACAAGCCGGAGGGGGACAUGAAAAGGUCACAGAAGACCAGGAUAAGGGAACGAUCGAAGAAGGGGACACUGGGGAGGGGGCCGGAGUGGGACAUGAGGAAGCCAGGGGACACCAAGAUAGGGAGACCAUCGAAAAAGGGGACACUGCGGAGAAGGCCCGAGUGGGACCUGAAGGAGCCACAGGACAGAAGGAGGAGGACACCAUCCAAGAGGGGGACACUGGGGAAGGAGCCAAAGUGGGACAUGAGGAAGCCACAGAACACCAGGAUAAGGAAACCAUCGAUGGAGGCCACAGUGGGGAGAGGGCAGGAGUGGGACAUGAGGGAGCCAAAGAACAGCAGGAAGAGGAGACCAUCGAAGAGGGGGACACUGGGGAAACCGCCGGAGUGGGACAUGAAGAGGCCACAGGACAGCAGGAUGAGGAAACCAGCGGAAACAGGUCUGUGGAAACCACCGAAGACGGGAUUGGAAAAACAAUGCAGCAGGAAGCUGCAAGAUCAACUGAUCAAGUGAGAAAAAGGGAAGAUUCCGUCGGAACUAAUCUCAAGGAUCCUAAAAUGGAUUCGGAGACCUUGCAAGAAUCAUUUUACCAGAGACCUAAGAACGAGAAGAAGAGAAAGGGGAAAUUAGAAGGAGCUAAGAAGCAAGAGAAACUACACGGGAACAAAUUGGGAAAACCUAAAGAACAGGAAUACAAGACGAACAAGAAGCAGGAAGAACUUGAAAGAAUGAAAUUGGAGGGGCCUAAAAAACAGCCAUACAAAGAAAAGAGGAAGCAGAAACAAUUACGUGGGACAGAAAACAGCCUAGAAAACCAUGCUAAGAAACAGCCAAGAGAUACCGAAAAAUCUUCAGGAAAUCAUAAAGCGAGACAUGUGGAUAAUUCACACCAGAAGAAGGAGUUAUUAUUUGGGAAAUUGAAAAUGUUUGAGAAAUACGGAACUCCCAAAACUUGUACUUUCUACUACGAAUAUACUUGUUUCGAUGAACGACUCAGCAAUGAUGAAAUAAAUAACAGAUUAACAAACAUGGACAUACAACAUACUAUAUAG